GAGGUUUUGGGAUUUUUUUAUGAGAUGGAAAAUACUCAUCAUCAUAGAUCACUUUUACACCCUAGUAGCUGGUUAAGAAGAGAAAAAGAUAUUCCUGAAAUUGCACCAGGAGGAGGAGAAAAAAUUUUGGGAGUAGAAGAAAUUCAACAACUUGCUAAAUUCCCAAUUUUCGAUAAGGUUGAAAUUAAUGAUGAUCACGGUGACAAUCUUUGGAAAUUUAUGAGGAAAUCACAAGAUGUCCAAAAAAUCAAUCAAGAGUUUGAAAAAUUUCUAAUAGAUGGAGAUGGAGUACCCGUAAAACACUUUAUUUUAUAUGAGGGAGAAAAAUUAGAUCCACAACCCGUGAGAUCAGGAGAAUUUCCUGGUGAAUCAGUCACAUCAAAAGAUACCUAUAUAGUAAAAGCUACCAUUGAUGAAUUUCACUGGAGAGACGAUCCCAAUUAUAAUUAUUAAAUAUAUUACAUCAAAGUUAAUAUUGAAUUGCUAACAUUGUGUGAACAUUUUAGUAUAAGUAUUGUAAUAAUUGAGAUAUAUUUAUGAAUAAUAUAUUGUUGUUUGUUGUUUUAAGUAUUUA